CGCUGGAGGGCAUCGCCCUGUGCCGGAGAGUACAUGCGCCAACAAGCUGUCUUGUGCCUUAUAGUAGAGGGUCAGAUAGCGUCCCGCACUGCGCAGGCAGGCGCAUCCUUUUCUUUCCGAUAUCUAUCACCUCCUUCUUCUAUCGCAGCGACGUCACGACCGCUGUCUGCGCCACACACGCGCGGCGCAGCUCACACCGGAUGGAUGGUCGUGCUGCAGACAUUGUAUGGCAGGCACGAGGGGUACACUACACGACAGCAAUACACGGCGCAGGCGAGUGGCUGAUCUAGAUACAACGGAGAAUUUACUUUGUUGUUCAAGUAGUGGUAGCAUCGUGGAACAAGUUGGUGAGGGAAGAGCUAUGAGAUA